CCUUCUUCCCCCAUUUCGCUGCUUCCUGUUUUCAUUUGUCUCUCUGUCUAAUCAUGGCCGCACAUUCAAUCGAAGAGCUGUUCCCCUUCCACGGGUUGCUCCCCAAAAAGGAGACCGGCGCUGCGUCUUAUCUCACCCGGUUCCCCGAGCACGAUGGACGGGGUGUUCUCAUCGCUAUCCUCGACACUGGCGUGGACCCGGGGGCCCCGGGCAUGCAGACCACGACGGAGGGGCAGCCGAAGAUCGUUGACAUCAUCGAUACGACGGGCAGCGGAGAUGUCAACAUGGCAACGGUGGUGGAGCCUAACGACGGGGCGGUGACUGGGCUCUCCGGGAGGACGCUCAAGAUCCCUCAUACCUGGGUUAAUCCAUCAGGAAAGUACCACAUUGGGAUCAAAAAUGGAUAUGACUUGUUCCCUAAAGCUCUCAGAGAGAGAAUCCAGAAAGAGCGAAAGGAGAAGCUGUGGGAUCCAGCACACAGAGCAGCUCUGGCUGAAGCUAGUCGCCGGGCAGAGCAGUUUGACAUCGCUCACCCCUCCCCCUCACAGGCUGAGAAGCUCCAGAAGGAAGAGCUGCAGUGCCGGUCGGAGCUGCUGGCGUCUCUGGAGAAGAAGUACAACGACCCGGGUCCGGUCUACGACUGUCUGCUGUGGAACGACGGAAACACAUGGAGGGCUGUGGUAGACACCUCAGAGACUGGGGACCUGUUUAGCUGCAGGGUUCUGGCCUCCUACAGGGAGAAGCAGGAGUUUGCUACUCUGGGAGACGCUGAGAUGCUGAACUACUCCGUUAACAUCUACGACGAAGGAAACACUCUCUGCAUCGUCACCAGCGGAGGGGCUCAUGGGACCCACGUGGCGAGCAUAGCGGCCGGUCACUUCCCUGAUGAGCCGGAGCGGAACGGCAUUGCCCCCGGUGCCCAGAUCCUGGCGUUGAAGAUCGGAGAUACACGCCUCAGCACCAUGGAGACGGGCACCGGACUCAUCCGCGCGAUGAUAGAGGUGAUCAACUAUAAAUGUGAUCUGGUUAACUACAGCUAUGGAGAAGCUACCCACUGGCCCAACUUAGGGAGGAUCUGUGAGGUGAUAGGAGACGCGGUUCAGAAACACAACGUAUUGUUUGUGUCCAGUGCUGGGAACAACGGGCCCUGUCUCUCUACUGUAGGCUGCCCAGGAGGCACCUCCGCCGCUGUUAUAGGCGUGGGAGCGUAUGUGACCCCAGACAUGAUGGUAGCAGAGUAUUCCCUGAGAGAGAAGCUUCCUCCUAACCAGUACACCUGGUCGUCUCGGGGCCCCAGUACGGACGGGGCCCUGGGGGUCAGUAUCAGUGCUCCGGGUGGGGCCAUCGCCUCCGUACCCAACUGGACCCUCAGAGGAACUCAGCUGAUGAACGGGACCUCCAUGUCCUCCCCUAACGCCUGUGGAGGGAUCGCCCUGGUGCUGUCAGGACUGAAGCAGAAUGGUAUCCGUCCGUCGGUGCCUGCGGUGAGGAGAGCUCUGGAGAACACAGCUCUGAAAGUAGACAACAUCGAGGUGUUCGCACAAGGACACGGAAUCAUACAGGUGGACCGAGCUGUAGACUACCUGACCCAGCAUGCCUCUCUCCCCACCUCUAACCUGGGCUUCUCUGUUACCGUGGGAACGCAGCGAGGCAUCUACCUCCGAGACCCCAUCCAGGUCCUGACCCCCUCUGACCACGGGGUCGGCAUCGAACCUGUUUUCCCCGAAAACACCGAGAACACGGAGCGUAUUUCGCUGCAACUGCACCUGGCCCUGACAUGCUCCGCCCCCUGGGUGCAGUGCCCCUCCCACCUGGAGCUCAUGAACCAGUGUCGUCAUGUCAAUGUCAGAGUCGACCCCCUGGGGCUCCGAGAGGGACUGCAUUAUACAGAGGUGUGUGGCUACGACACUGCAACCCCCAGCUCUGGCCCUCUGUUCAGAGUCCCCAUUACGGUUAUCAUCCCCACCAAAGUUCCUGAGGGCCACAGUCAGGAGGUGUUGUUCACAGACGUCCACUUCAGACCAGGGCAGAUAAGACGACACUUCAUCACUGUCCCACAGGGAGCCUCCUGGGCAGAGAUAACAUUGACGUCUCAGAGUGGUGAUGUGUCCUCUAAGUUUGUCCUCCAUGCGGUCCACCUGGUGAAGCAGAGAGCUUACAGAGCCAACGAGUUCUACAAGUUCUCCUCUCUGCUGGAGAAGAGCUCCCUGACUGAGGCCUUCCCUGUCCUGCCGGGGCGGACGGUAGAGUUGUGUAUCGCCAGGUGGUGGGCCAGCCUUGGUGACGUCACCGUUGACUACAGUAUCUCCUUCCACGGCCUGACCACCUCCCCGUCACCUCUACACAUACAUGCAUCAGAAGGUGUGACUAGUUUUGAGGUGUCCUCUCCUCUGAGGUACGAAGACGUUUCUCCGAGCGUCACCCUGAAGACCUGGGUCCAGCCACUGAG